UGAAAACAAAUUUUGGAUAUGCCCUGGAGGCUCAAAGAACAAAAGAAUCCCGAAUGGUUUGCACUACUUUGCACGUCUUGGCUGAUUAGAAAUGCCCUUCCACGAAAAAUCUACACCACUAGCAAAUUAUCCAAAUCCCAUAUUCCAAUUCAGCGAGCGAGUAGUGUCUUUUUCAUUCCUUGUCGUUAAUACCAAUACCGCCGUCGAAUCCCCUGUAUUGUAUUUCGUGCAAGUUUAUGUUACAGGUGCCGAUUCAGUAUUGCCAGUUUGGAUUUUUGAAGAACAUACAUCGUCGUCCUCAUUGAAAUAAUACGCAGACUAAGGUCAGAUACUCGGAUAGUUAGGAAUCGAUCGGACCAUGUCAAUACCAAAGGAGCCGGAGCAGGUGAUGAAGCAAAGAGAUGGAUCUGUGCUUGGGAAAAAGACCAUUCUUAAGAGCGACCAUUUUCCUGGAUGUCAGAACAAGCGACUGUCUCCCCAAAUCGACGGCGCCCCAAAUUUUCGCCAGGCCGAAUCAUUGCGUGUACAUGGUGUUGCAAUCCCAACUAUUGAUGGGAUUAGGAACGUUCUUACAUAUAUUGGGGCUCAAAUUGAUGGGAAGCAAGCAAAUGUUCUUUGGAUAAACCUACGCGAGGAACCAGUGGUUUAUAUCAAUGGACGACCAUUUGUUUUGCGCGAGGUUGAGAGACCCUUCUCCAAUCUUGAAUACACGGGUAUCAAUAGGGCAAGGGUGGAGCAAAUGGAAGACCGGUUGAAGGAAGACAUAUUACUAGAAGCUGCAAGAUAUGGAAAUAAGAUCCUAGUAACUGAUGAACUACCAGAUGGUCAAAUGGUGGAUCAAUGGGAGCCAGUCACACCCGACUCUGUCAAAACACCACUACAGGUCUAUUUAGAACUACAAACAAGAAAAUUCCUUGUUGACUACGAACGCAUUCCAGUAACAGAUGAAAAAUCACCCAAGGAACAGGAUUUUGAUACGUUGGUUGAUAGAAUUUCAAGAGCCGAUCUCAAGACAGAAAUAAUCUUUAAUUGCCAAAUGGGGCGCGGACGUACCACCACAGGGAUGGUCAUUGCCACAUUGAUCUAUUUCAACCGAAUAGGAGCUUCUGGUAUCCCAAGAACAAAUUCAAUUGGAACAAUUUCUGUCUGUGGCUCAAAUGCUACUGACAACAUGCUAAACACAGAAGAGGCUCUUCUUAGAGGGGAAUACACCGUCAUAAGAAGCUUAAUCCGUGUCUUAGAGGGCGGUGUUGAAGGCAAACGACAGGUGGACAAAGUAAUUGACAAGUGUGCCUCCAUGCAGAAUUUACGUGAGGCGAUUGCAACAUAUAGAAAUAGUAUUUUGAGGCAACCUGAUGAGAUGAAGAGGGAGGCGUUGCUUUCGUUUUUUGUUGAGUACCUUGAAAGAUAUUACUACCUUAUAUGCUUUGCUGUAUAUCUCCAUACAGAAAGAGCAGUUCAUAUUCCUAAAUCCCCUCACAAUCACAAUCUCAAUUUCUAUGAUUGGAUGAAAGCAAGACCUGAGCUCUAUACCAUUAUUCGCAGGUUGUUGAGAAGGGACCCAAUGGGUGCACUUGGUUAUGCAAAUAUAAAACCAUUAAACAAAAUAAGCAAACCUAAUAAUGAUGGUCACCCUUGUGAGAUGGGAAUAGUUGCAGUGUCAAGAACUGGCGAGGUCUUAGGAAGUCAAACUGUUUUAAAAAGUGAUCAUUGUCCAGGCUGUCAACAACCGAAUUUGCCCGAGAGAGUAGAGGGCGCACCUAAUUUUAGGGAAAUUCCUGGGUUUCCAGUCUAUGGUGUUGCAAAUCCAACUGUGGAAGGAAUUAAAUCUGUUAUGCAAAGAAUAGGUAGCCCUAAAGGUGGCGGGGGCAGACCCGUCUUUUGGCACAACAUGAGAGAAGAACCUGUUAUUUACAUUAAUGGAAAGCCCUUUGUGCUUCGUGAGGUUGAAAGACCCUACAAAAACAUGCUUGAGUACACGGGAAUUGACUGUGAAAGAGUGGAGAGAAUGGAAGCUCGAUUGAAAGAAGAUAUUCUCAAAGAAUCUGAACGUUAUGGAGGUGAUAUUAUGGUAAUUCAUGAAACUGAAGAUGGAAAGAUAUUUGAUGCAUGGGAGCAUGUAAGUUGUGAUGUGGUUCAGACCCCACUGGAGGUAUUCAGAUCUUUAGAGGCAGAUGGGUUUCCUGUAAAGUACGCUCGUGUACCCAUUACGGAUGGAAAAGCUCCAAAAAGUUCAGAUUUCGACACACUGGCUCUCAAUAUCUCAUCAGCAUCAAAAGAUACAGUCUUUGUAUUCAACUGUCAAAUGGGCAGAGGGAGGACAACUACCGGGACUGUAAUCGCAUGUCUGGUCAAACUCCGAAUUGACCACGGACGACCCAUCAGGAUUCUACUCGAUGACAUGGCGUGUGGCGACUCGGACAACUGUACAUCAAGUGGCGAUGAAGGGAAACCGAGAGUGCAUUCGAAUCAUUCUUUUGGUAUAAAUGACAUCCUUCUGCUGUGGAAAAUAACAAGGUUUUUUGAUAAUGGGGUGGAAUGUCGAGAAGCUUUAGAUGCAGUGAUUGAUAGAUGUUCAGCAUUGCAAAAUAUACGCCAGGCUGUACUGCAGUAUAGAAAAUUAUUUAAUCAACAGCAUGUCGAGCCACGCGAAAGGCGGGUGGCAUUGAAUCGUGGGGCCGAGUAUUUGGAACGUUAUUUUCGGUUAAUUGCUUUUGCAGCAUAUCUUGGAAGUGAAGCAUUUGAUGAACAAGGGCAAGGGCAGGAAUGUAAAAUCACCUUUAAAAGUUGGUUGCAUCAAAGACCGGAAGUACAAGCUAUGAAAUGGUCAAUAAGAUUGAGACCCGGACGCUUCUUUAGUGUUCCUGAAGAGUUGAGAGCUCCACAAGAAUCUCAACAUGGUGAUGCGGUAAUGGAGGCGAUUGUUAAAAAACGUAACGGCUCUGUUUUAGGGAAGGGGUCGAUAUUAAAGAUGUACUUUUUUCCUGGUCAAAGAACUUCUAGUCAUAUACAAAUCCAUGGUGCUCCACAUGUUUUCAAGGUGGAUGGGUAUCCUGUGUAUUGCAUGGCAACUCCAACAAUUUCAGGUGCCAAAGAGAUGCUAACUUAUUUAGGUCCACAAAAAGUGAUGUUAACUGACUUGCGUGAAGAAGCUGUUGUUUACAUAAAUGGGACACCUUUUGUUCUUAGGGAAUUAAAUAAACCUGUAGACACACUCAAGCAUGUGGGUAUCACUGGAUCAGUGGUUGAACACAUGGAGGCUCGGUUAAAGGAGGAUAUUAUAUCAGAAAUUAAAAAAUGUGGUGGCAGAAUGCUUUUACACCGUGAAGAAUAUAACCCAUCAUUAAAUCAGGCAAAUGUAGUAGGAUAUUGGGAGAAUAUAUUUGUGGAAAAUGUUAAGACACCUACUGAAGUGUAUUCUGGUUUGAGAGAUGAUGGAUAUGAUAUAGUUUACACAAGGAUACCUUUGACUAGAGAGAGGGAAGCUUUAGCUUCUGAUGUUGAUGCUAUUCAGUACUGUAUGGACAAUUGUGCAGGGUGCUACUUGUUUGUUUCUCACACGGGAUUUGGGGGUGUUGCGUAUGCCAUGGCUAUUAUAUGUUUAAGACUUCAAUCUGAAGGGAAGUUAUCAUCAUUACCACUAACAAAAAGUGGUAAUCAAGAUUUAUUAUCUUCUAAUGAAGCGCGUGAAAAGGGUGAUUAUCGCGAUAUACUUAGUCUUACUAGAGUUCUUGUUCAUGGUCCUGAGAGUAAAUCAGAUGUCGAUAUUGUUAUAGAGAGGUGUGCUGGAGCUGGGCAUCUUAGAGAUGACAUUCUGUUCUAUAGUAAGGAACUUGAGAAGGUUCAAGGGGAUGAUGAUGAUCAUCAAGCAUACAUCAUGGACAUGGGUAUCAAAGCAUUGAGGCGUUACUUUCUACUGAUAAUGUUUAGAUCGUAUCUGUAUUGCACUGGCACUGACACUCAUGAUAGAGAGAUGGAAUUCACAAGCUGGAUGGCGGGGAGACCUGAACUUGGUCAUCUUUGUAAUAAUCUCAGGAUAGAUAAAUAAUGUAAAUGUAGAUGUAGAUGUAAAUGUAAAUGUAUGUAUGCACUACCAUGUGCUAUGUAGUUGUGCCUUGUGCCUUGCGUCUUGUU